CCACUCUCAAAUUCGAUAACCCUAAUUUCGCACAUCUCAGGAGACGCCGUCUCGCUCUUCUCACCACCGCUGAUCUUUCAGAUGUCUCGUGUGUACGUUGGUAAUUUGGAUCCGCGAGUUACUGAGCGUGAACUCGAGGAUGAGUUUCGUGUCUAUGGAGUCAUCAAGAGUGUUUGGGUUGCAAGACGACCACCUGGUUACGCUUUUCUUGAUUUUGAAGACUCAAGGGAUGCCCGUGACGCCAUCCGUGACUUAGAUGGCAAGAAUGGAUGGAGAGUAGAGCAGUCUCAUAACCGUGGUGGUGGAGGAGGCCGUGGUGGGGGUGGUCGUGGAGGAGGUGAUGGUGGCCGUGGCCGUGGUGGUUCUGAUUUGAAGUGUUAUGAGUGUGGCGAGUCUGGUCACUUUGCACGUGAAUGUCGUUCUCGUGGUGGUGGUGGUGGUGGCUCUCGGAGGGGUCGUAGUCCUUCUCCUCGUGGUCGCAGCCGUAGCCGCAGUCCUCCAAGAUACAGAAAGAGCCCAACCUAUGGAGGGCGCAGGAGUUACAGCCCUCGUGCAAGAUCUCCUCCUCCUCCAAGACGUCGCAGUCCUUCUCCUCGUGGUCGCAACUACAGUAGGUCUCCGCCACCUUAUAGAGCACGUGAGGAGGUGCCAUAUACUAAUGGAAAUGGUCUGAAAGAUGUGCGCAGAAGCCGUAGCUAAAGUGUUGAGGGAUCAGAAAACAACUGUUUUCUUGCGACGUCAAGAGGGCAGCUUAAGGGAAAUUAGUAUCUGUGAAUCUCACUAAGAGAAACAUGUUUUAGCUGUUGGGAUGUGCUUGCUACUUUUGAAUUGCUGGAUCAUGCUUCUUAUUUGCGUUUGGAUAUGAAGCAGUAGUUGUGUCUGCCGUUAGGUAAAGUACUUUUAAUAUUCCUACCCCAAGUUCUUAAAAGACAUAAACAUAAUUGAAAUUCUGAGUGUUUUGUUUAAUUGUGUCCGAGGUUUCUUCGGGUUUCUACUGCUUCAUUGCUUAUCUCUGCUUCUCUACUCUGCUCUGAGAGGCUGAGACUACUUCGUUAAUUGAUUUUUCUGCAAUGGCAUCUUCAUAAUAGUUUGUGGAUCUCUACUUGUUUCUUCGGCUAUCUACUGCUUCAUUGCUUAUCUCUGCUUCUCUGCUCUGCACUGAAGUUUCUUCGUUAAUUGAUUCACCUGCUAUGUCAUCUUCAUAAUAGCUUGCUGCUUUGUGGAUCUCUAUUUUUUUUCUUCGGGUUUCUACUGCCGUUACUUUUCUGCUCUGCUUGCGGUUUCUUCUUUGACCUGCAAUGUCAUCUUCGUAAUAGCUUAGAACGUUGUGGAUCUCUACUUGCUACUGCUUCCGCUGCGUUGGUUUGAAAACUUCAUCAGCUCUGAUGUCGCCUUCUUCAAAACUCUUCUGUCCUUCCGGGCUUUAAAUGUUUUUAAUGGCAGAAUCGGUGCAUAGUUUAGACAAUGUUUUGCAUGUCUCUUAUUAAAAGGUUAUAUGCAUCUACAGUCUUUUUACUUAUUCACUUGGAAAGACUCACAAAUUUUUAACAAAGACUAGAG